AUGCACUGUGCCAUCCAAAAGGCAGAAGUGGUGGAUGGGGCUCACUUGUUGCAGAUCUUCUGGCAUGACGGUGCGGAGUCUCUCUACCCUGCUGUAUGGCUGAGAGACAAUUGCCAGUGCCCCGAUUGCUACCUGGAUUCUGCAAAAGCACGGAAACUUCUCAUCGAAGCUCUUGAUGUGAACAUUGGUAUUAAAGGCUUGACGUUUGACAGAAAAAAGGUUUAUAUCACGUGGCCAAAUGAGCAUUACAGUGAAUUUGAAGCUGACUGGCUGAAGAAAAGAUGCUUUUCACAGCAGGCCAGAGAAAAACUCCAAAGAGAAUUAUUUUUGCCAGAAUGUCAGUACUGGGGCUCAGAGCUCCAGCUACCUACACUGGAUUUUGAAGAUGUUUUAAAAGAUGAUGAACAUGCAUACAAGUGGCUCUCCAGCCUCAAGAAAGUAGGCAUAGUACGACUCACAGGAGCAUCUGACAAACGGGGAGAAGUUUUAAAACUUGGGAAAAGGAUUGGUUUCCUUUACCUUACAUUUUAUGGACAUACUUGGCAAGUGCAAGACAAAAUUGACGCAAACAAUGUGGCUUACACAACCGGGAAGCUAAGCUUUCACACUGAUUAUCCAGCCCUCCAUCAUCCACCUGGGGUUCAGCUUCUGCACUGCAUAAAACAAACAGUCACGGGGGGUGAUUCAGAAAUUGUAGAUGGGUUUAAUGUAUGCCGAAAGCUCAAGGAAAAAAAUCCUCGAGCAUUCCAGAUUUUGUCUUCCACUUUCGUGGACUUUACAGACAUUGGAGUGGAUUACUGUGAUUUCUCUGUACAAUCCAAACACAAGAUUAUAGAAUUAGAUGAUAAAGACCAAGUGAUCCGCAUCAACUUCAAUAAUGCAACCAGAGACACUGUAUUUGAUGUACCUGUUGAAAGAGUUCAGCCUUUUUAUGCUGCUCUGAAGGAGUUUGUUGACCUCAUGAACUGUAAAGAAUACAAGGUUACUUUCAAGAUGAAUCCAGGUGAUGUGAUUACUUUUGAUAACUGGCGCUUACUUCAUGGCCGACGUAGCUAUGAAGCAGGAACUGAGAUAUCCCGCCAUCUGGAAGGAGCUUAUGCCGACUGGGAUGUAGUAAUGUCAAGGCUUCGUAUCUUAAGGCAGUGUAUCCAGAACACAAACUGA